GCGGGCUUGUGCGGCGGAGGCGGGCAGGCGCGUUCCCCGUCUGGCACACCGCGGGGGAGUCCGGGCAAGAUGAAUGAGGCUGAGGGCCUGCGGCAGCGGCGGCCCCUCCGGCCGCAGGUGAUCACAGAGGACAACGCGGCUCAGGAAAGCAAGGGCGGCAGUACUUACAGCAACAAGGUGUUCCGUAUGACCUUCAUGACUCUGGCUGUAUCACUGAUUAUUCCCUUAUUUGGAGCAAUAGUUUUUCUGGAUUCUCCAAUAGACCCUCAGCCAAUAAGCUUCAAAGAACCUCCUCCCUUAUCUGGCACAUUAGAGCCCAAUUUCAAGCUCCGACAAGCAGAAAGGCUGUUUGAAAACCAGCUUGUUGGACCAGAAUCUAUUGCAAAUAUUGGUGAUGUGCUGUUCACUGGUACUGCUGAUGGAAAAAUUCUGAAGAUUGAAGAUGGGCAAAUACAAACUAUAGCUCGACUUGGACAUGGUCCUUGUGGAACAGGUGGAGAUGAGCCCAUGUGUGGUAGACCUCUUGGAAUCCGUGUGGGACCAAAGAACUCCCUUUUUGUGGCAGAUGCCUACUAUGGAAUCUUUGAAAUUUUUCCUUCCUCAGGGGAAGUGCAACGACUUGUGUCUUCCAAGACCCCCAUUGAGGGGAAGAAUUUGUCUUUUGUGAAUGAUCUUACACUGACUCGAGAUGGAAGGAAAAUUUAUUUUACGGACUCUAGCAGUAAAUGGCACAGAAAAGACUAUUGUUUAUUAAUCAUGGAGGCUACAGAUGAUGGGCGCCUGCUUGAGUAUGACACAGUGACAAAGGAAGUGAAAGUUUUGAUGGGGGGCCUCAGAUUUCCAAAUGGAGUCCAGCUUUCUCCUGCGGAAGACUUUGUAUUGGUGGCUGAAACAACUAUGGCAAGAAUACGAAGGUAUUAUGUAUCUGGCCUAAUGAAAGGUGGAGAAGAUAUGUUUGUUGAAAAUAUGCCUGGUUUUCCAGACAAUAUACGUUUAAGUAGCUCUGGAGGUUAUUGGGUGGCAAUGUCAGCUAUUCGUGCCAGUCCUGGGUUUUCUAUGGUGGAUUUCUUAUCUGAUAAACCAUGGAUUAAAAGAAUAAUAUUUAAGCUGCUGAGCCAAGAAACAGUGAUGAAAUUUGUGCCCAAGAACAGCCUUGUUGUAGAGCUAAGUGAAACUGGAUCCUACAGAAGAAGCUUCCAUGAUCCCAAUGGAAUGGUGGCAACAUACAUAAGUGAAGCACAUGAACAUAAUGGACAUCUCUACUUGGGCUCUUUCCGAUCGCCCUUUAUUUGCAGACUGAACCUUAAGGAUGUCUAACUCUGUAAGCCAAAAGAAAUACCACUGCUGCAUUGAAUUGUUCUGGAAGGGGAAAAAUUAAUCACAAGUCUGGCCAUGGAUGAAGAAUGAAAGCACAGUACUAUAUCACAGGGUACUCAGCUUGACCAUGUCUUAUUUUUAAGCAUGCCAUUUUAAAACCAAUGGACACAAUCCACUAUGGCUUUGCGUAGCUUCCAUUCAAGUCAGUGGGCCUAGUGUAGAAAUUUGUAGUAGAUUGUGCCCAUUCUGUGGCAUCUUUACUUAGAUAAGGUAAAGAGCAAAUUACCUCAUGAAAUAAAAUUCCAUACAUUCAUCUAAUAACCUUUAGAACCAGCUUCUACUAAACUGUUGAUCAUAGGUAUACCUGGUCAACUUCCAUUCUUCAAAAUAUAAAUCAUUGAAUUCAGAGCUGCUAGUCUCAGAUGAAGUCUUGCAUGCAAUUAUUUCUAAUUUGGAUUUCUCUCUCUAAGCAUGACUUUCAAAACAUGCAUGUUGUAAGAACUUACAGCACAUUUAUAGAUAUAUUAAUGAGCUUGACAAGUGCCUGUUCAUCUAUUUUUAGCACUGCUGUUCGCAUGAUAAGUUUAUAAAGAUACAAGAUCACUCCAUUUUGAGACUCCCAAAGCCUAAAAAUGUCAUCUCAGACAUCUCAGGAUGAUAAAUAAAUGCAGGUAACUUUGAGAAGAGUAGAAGUUGCUGUUUGAAGAAAUGGGGACAUUCCUAUACAUCCUAUAAUUUUGUCAGUGAUUAAAUAACUUACUCAGAGACAGGAUAAGAUUCUGUGACAGUGUGGGAAAUGUUGCUUGAAUCGCUAAAUCUGAUGGGUGUUAUAAUAUACUGUUUGACCAGAAGCUGCAUUCAUACAACAUUAAACACCAUAUUUAUAUGAAAUUACCUUUCCAAGAAAAUAUUUUAUCUUACAGAUUUGACACACAAUAUUGUGUUUCUGUUGUAAUGUGGAGAGUUCAGAGGUUUUCAAUUUAAAAAGACUUCAAAAAGAUUUAAGUAUAUGAGUUAUUCAAGAGUUGAGUAAAAAGUCUCAGCAGAUUUAUUGGAUUACAGUUGUAUGGUAUUUAAAAGGACUGAAACAAACAGUGCAUUUUUAAAACAAUUUGCCAACCAAAACAAAAUUAAAUUACUGCACCAUC